CAUUUUAUUUCUUCUCCAGCCAAGGGGGUAGGCAGGAAGGAGCGUCACGUCUAGGCAGAGGAAACCCCAUCUCCCAGUCUCCUGCCUUUGAUGCUCUCUAACAAUCCCUCCUCCUUCCCCUUGUCAUAUGCUCACCUUAGUGUCAACAGCAUCAGGCGGAUCAAGGAGCCCAGUUUCUAAAGGAAAUCUGAACUCUUUUGGCUUUCUAAGCAUCUAUUUUAUAUCCCCUCCAUGUAACCUGGACGGGGAAGCUGGAUGUGCAGACUCUGAGUAGGGGGAAGUACCUGCCACCAGCCCCUCUCCAGUACAUCAGUUGGUAUAACCAUCCAGGCAUCCUGCUUCAACCCCUUCUGGGAAGCAUCAGCUGGAUGCAGUCUGCAUGAGCUCAUGUGGGCGGAACAGCAGCUCUGGUGCGUGCACACGCAGAGCGUGUCUCCUCUGCAGGAACGUAGAUGUACACGUGAGAGUUUGUGUACAAGCAUCGCACGUGUGAAGUGGAGCGUGUGGGAAGAUCUCUCUUUUUUGCCAUGUCAGCUGACAGCCACCAGCUCCACACUCAUUCCUACCAGGAUGCACUAAGUUCUUCUUGUCACAGUCUCUUGAAUGUAAACAGUCACGCCUUGUCGAAGAGCUCCUCAAGUCUGGCCUGCACCGGGCAAUCAAAUUUAGAGGAAAGGCAAAGCAAGAAACAGGAGCUGAAGAAAAGCCACAGUAGCACCAUCUGCCAUACCUUGGAAAACAAGAGUGAUGCCAGGAGCGUGCAAAGUCCUGGAUGGUCCUCGCAGCCUGGGGUGACGGAACUUGGAUCAGUGGUCCAACCCACAAUCUAUCAGUCAGCUGAUGAGAAUUCACAGAGCAGAACUAAGACUACAAACCAUUUUCUUGUCACUGAACAGCCUCCAGCAUCCUGGGAAGGAAGGGACACCAAGAUGUGUGUAAAGAGCAGCACUGUUGAUAAUGUUCCUUCAGCUGGCAUUGUACACCAGCAAAGCACGUAUGAAAUGGGAGAACCAGGAACUGCCCUUCAGAGAAGCCGCUCAGAUCUAACUUGCAGUUGCAAACAGCAGACUUAUGUCACUUAUGUAGAAACCAGUGAUACUCAUUCCAGCCUAAGCUAUUCUAGCAGCAGGCAUGGUCCACCAGUGACUAGGAUGUCUUUCCAAACACAGAGAUAUGGAUCAGAAAUGAAUGAAAAUAUAUCUCACUAUCAAAAUCUUGUGACUCAUCUUCCAGUUCCACCUAGAGACCAAAGAGUACCCACCAAUAGCUUUGACAGCAGUGGUAUUCCACGUAAUACUACUGUUUACACCGAUCCUGGAACACUUCACGCUGCUGUUCUAGGACCCCACAUGCCUGGAAAUGGUUUCUCAAACAGGACAAUGUUCAGUCAGGCCACUGGGAUUAUUCAUGGUGGCCUGACUUAUGGCAACAUUCCAAACUCUAAAUACUCGCCCAUGGUGAUGACGGUUCAUAACAAUUCUGCAAGGUCCUGUCAUACAAGGCAGGACCCUUGUAUGAAAGUAGAUGCCACCGUCCCUGCCUAUUGCCAUUCUUUGCCCAUACCAUCUAUACAACUUGUUCCGCGGUUGGUGUGCUCGGUUAGCGAGUCAGGAAAAGAGCAGGAAGCACCCGGCUAUUUUCAUUCCUUCUCUGCUUCAGACAUUCUGACAUAUCCUAAGCUGGUCUCUUCAGUAAGCGAAUCGGGCCUGGAUGCCAAGAGGGUCCUGAAGUGCUGCAGCAUUCCUGGAGAACAACCGCAACAUGCUCAAGACUGUGGUCAGCAGGAGAGAGCUCCUCCAGAGACGAGGGCUGCCUCUGUUGCCUUCAGCAGCCAGCAAGGCACAGGCGUGGUAAGGACAACUAAGGAUAUGUGGACUAUGACCUCUAUGAAUGAUUUAACCAAAGGACUGAAACCACCUCUGGAGCGUAGAGAUGCCCAGGUGCAAACUCUUCCAACCAUGGAAUGCAAAUCUGUGGCAACAAGCCCAGCGGCAGCAGCAGAAGGCCACUCGCACGUGUUCCCAGAGGUCAACCUGGAGGAAGACUUGGAAGCCCCCAAAUCUCCAAUACAUGAAGUGAGAUGGGAUGAUGAAGGAAUGACAUGGGAAGUGUACGGGGCAUCUGUGGAUCCAGAAGUCCUUGGGUUAGCCAUUCAAAAACACCUUGAGAUUCAAAUAGAACAAUUCCAGACAGAGCCAGCUCAGCUGGCUGGGAAAAGUCAUGAGGAGCCAUCUUCGGAUAAAACAGGGAAGAAAAGGCCAUUUAGAACAGUGAUGCAUUCCCUGAGAUAUCCGAGCUGUUGCACUUGUUCCAGUACUGCAGUGGAGUGAGCACAGCUGUAGGACCGCUGUGCUGCUUUUAGAAUGUGAAUAAAUGCUGAUUCCUGUGUGUUAAUGCAGUACUCGUGGAUAAUCCUCUUCAGGAUAAGUGGGAAAAGUUCGGUGACCCUCAAAUACACAUCAAAGCAAGGAAGAACCCAUCUGAAGACUCUUGACUUUAUUUAUUGUAGCACGGUUUUGCUUUUCUAUGUUAGUUUGAAACUGUAUUGUAAGGAAUGAGACUUCUUUUCUAAAUGAUGCAUUUUUUUUUAAAAUAAUGAUGAUUUUUUUUUCUGUAUUUUGAUAAUUUAGGGUUAGAAAACAAAGUUAGAACAUGAUGCUUUGAUCAAAGUUCUUAGCUUUCAAUCCUACUCCCUUAAGUUUCUUUGGGAGCUACUUUGCUAUUAAUUUAUAAUAAUGCUGACUGUAAACCCACUUUACCUGUAGACAAAAUGACAAACCGGUGUAGACAGACCAAGAAUUGUAACUUUUGCUACAUAACUCCGUCAAGUCAUUUGGAUAUAGCUAGCCUGAUCUCUUCCCUUCGCAAGCUGGUGUGCAGUCGGAGGAUGCUCCUGCAACUUUCAGAUUAGUUUAUAGCUACGGUGAAUUCUGCUCUAAAUAUCCAGAAUGUUUAUCAAGUGAUUGACACAAAUGUACAGUAUUACCAAAGAUGACUCAUGUAAUGUGAAUUACUUACCGAAUGCUUGUUCUAGAGUCAUAAAACAAAAGCUGUCCAGAUUAGUCUGUCACACUAUCAUACCCUACAAAUUAUAAGCAGGUUUGGUUUGCUUAUAUUAAAGGUAAUUUCCAGUGAGUUCUUUUGAUGUACAUCUAUUCUGAACAGUCGUUCUUUUUUAUCGUAGUGUAAACCAGGGGUGGGCGAUAGUUUGCAGGUAAUCUGCGCUUGCCUUGUGCUCCCUGUCUGAGCUGACGUCAAAUGUCUCCUGGAAGUGAGACUUUGUCUCUUCACCAAAGUACAGCUCUAAGGCUAUUUGCUCCGAGUGCCGUGGUCCUACGGGCAGCUUCAAGAUUUCUUUUCUCCCAAAAGCAACUUUGCGAACAAUUUCCCAGUGAGAAUCUGUUUAUGAUGCUGUA